AUGUAUUUAACUGCCAAAUCAAAAGAUAAUUUUUAUCCAUAAAGCUCUGAAGAAUAACGUGAGCUGAAUCAAUAAUUAAGAUAUGCAAUAGAGGAUAAUUAAAUGUUGAAAGCUAAAAUAAGAAGUUUAGAAUAAGAUAUUGAAGUAAUUAAGGAAAAUGAGAUUAAGAAUAUUAAACAUUAUGAGAAAAGAGAAGAUGAUUUUAUGAAGUUAAUAAAAUAAGAAUAGGAAAGAAAUAAAAAAUUAUAUGAAGAAUUAGAAUAUUUAACUAGAGAAUUAAGAAACAGAGAUGAUUAAGUAAAUUAAUUAGAAGAAAAUAUAAGAACUUUAAAUAUUGUUGUAGAAGAUCAAUAAAAUAGAAUAGAAGAAGAGAAGAAUAGAAAUAAAGAGAUUUAAGAUUAAGUAUAAGUAAAGGUUAAGAAAAAUGAUGAUAUAUUGAAAGAUUUAGCAUAAUUAGAAAAUAAAUAUUCAAAAUUUAGAACUAAAUUAGAAACUGAAAAUGGUCAUUUGAAAUAAGAAUUAGAUAAAUUAUAAAAUAAAUACAAGAAUAAAUUACAAUAAUAUAAAAAAGAUAUAAAAUAAUAAUAAUAAGAUAAUAAUUAAUUGAAAUUAGAUAAAUUAAAAUUAGAAGCCGAUAAUGAUCAAUUAUAUAAUUUAUCAAAGUAAUUUGAAAGUCAAUUAGGAAAGAUAUUACCUGAAAUGCCAGUUAUGGAGAAAUAAAAGUAAGAAAUAAAAUUAUAUUAAAAGUUCAAAUGUUUCUAAUGAAUUAGAAAGAAUGAAGAUUAAUAAUAUUUAAUUGAAUGAAUAAUUACAAUAAGCAGACUAUGAAGUAAAUUCAAUCUAAUUUAUAGAUAUCUUAAUUACAAUAGUAACUUUAAGCUGCAAUUUAACAUUUAGAUAGAACAAAUUAAGAUUUACAAUAUUUUCAAUAAGAAAAUUAAAGAUUAAAAUAAUUGAUAGAUGAUAAUAAAGUUGAAUAAAAAUAAAAUGAGUUUAUGAUUGAAAAAAUGGUUGAAUUAUCAGAAAAAUAGAUGGAUGAUCUAGAAUAAAAAUUUAAUAAAGUUUAAGCUCAAGUUAAUUCUUUAUAACAUGAAAAAAGAUCAUUAUUAACAGAAUGCAAUAAUCUUAAAAUGACAAUAGAUUAAUUAGAAAAUAAUGAAGUUGAUUGGUAGAAAAGAGUGAAUAGAUUAAAAAAGGAAAAUAAAGAAUUGACUAGAUAAUUAUCUUAAUUAGAUUAAAAUAUGAGAGAAAUGAUUGUUGAGAAACAUUCUGAAUUAAAAAAAUAAAAUAAUAAUAUUUCAUUAAGAUAAAGUAGAUUUAGUUAAAAACUUAAUAGUUAAAAUUAAUCAUAUCGAUCUAUAAGAACUAAUAACAUUCUAAUGAGUGGAACAAAAGAUUUAGAUGAUGAUGAUGAUGAAGAUGAUGAUUUAGAAGAAAUGUGAAUAAUAAAAUAUAUAAAUAAUUUAAAUAAUGAUAUUACAAUAGAAAUAAGUAUUGAAUGAUAACCAUUUACAUUCACUUAUUUAUAAAGGAGAAACCGGUAUUAAAAUUUGACUCAUUUCUAGUUCAUCAGGCAUGCAUAUAUUGGAUACACUCUCCAUUGCUAAUUAUCAUAGUCCAGAUCCAUAAAUCAAAGACCAUCUAUUAAAAACAGCCAAAGAACUCUAUAAAUCAGAUUCAGAAUUACCAAAAUUGUUAUAAAGAUAUGAAUUAACUUUAAAUAUCAUAGAAAGUUAAUCAUUUAAUGUUAAAGUAAAAAUUUCAUUCAAAUUAGUAAUACUUAUCAUUAUAUGCUACAAUAAUGAAAACAAAAAUUAAAGAAUAUUAUACAAACUAAAAGUAUUAGUUAUUUUGCAAUGUUUAUGUCCCAUAGAAAUUUGCUAGAACAAUAAAUAUAUUUUGUUAUAAUCCAUCUAUUACUGGUUAUAUUGCACUUGUUAAAACACUCUAAAUGACAAGUUUAAUAGCAAUGGAAAAAAUGUUAUCUCAAAUUGAUAAUAAGGAAUAAGAAAGUUUUUACACAUUUGAUGAAUUAUUUGAAGAUGUAUAUAUUUACAUUCAUUUUUAGAAUACAAUACCAAUAAUUAAUAUGACUCCAGAAAAAGAUUAAUAGAAAUCUAUUAUUAGAAGACAUAAAAAGUCAUUAUCAGAACAUUAGAUGUUUGAUUUUUAGAGAGAUUAAAAAUAAUCAUAGAUAUUCACUUAGAUACAAUCAAUUCAUUAAGAAAAAGCAUGUAUUUCAAUCUUUAAUAAUAUUUAGUGUUUUUUUCAUAAACAAAAACUGAAUCAUUUCUUUAAGAUGAUUAUUAAUUUCCUUCUUUAAAUUAAAUAAACUCUAAUUUAAUUAAGAAUGAAUUUUUAGAAGAAUAAAAGAAAAGCUAGACACCUAUUAAUCAAUAAGAUUAACAAUUUGCUUAAUAAAAUCUUUAUUAUUAGAAAUAAGAACAGAUAAACUAUGAUAGUGAUGAUUUUGAUCUAUUUCCCCGUCUAGAAUUGAAUUCAGCCAUAAGUUGUCCAUCUUUGAAUAAAUAGUAAUAAAUUGAUCCAAAAAAAUAAAUUGCAAAUCCAAUUUAUACAGGGAGAUUAAAGUUUUUUGAUGAAUAAAAAAAUUAUGGAUUUAUAGUUAUGGAUGAAGAUAAAUCAGAUAUUUUUGUACAUUUAGAUGACUUACAAAAGGCUGGUGUUACAAAAGAAGUCUUGAAAACUUGCAAAUAAGGAUCUUUGAUUAGGUAUUUAAAUGACUUAACUUAGAUUUUAAUUUAAUUGUAUGGUUUAUGUUGGAAAAUAUAAAAAGUCUAGAAAGGCUGUAGAAUUGAAAUUACUAACCAACUUACAAGCAAACAACAACUUUAAAGGGUAUUAAUGA